UGGUGGGGAGAACCUAAACGACGCUUGCUAUAUAACUGCGGACCUCUGUUGCUAAACGACAGUUCUGGAAUAUCUCUUAGAGAUAGCUGUUCCUCGUAUUUAAGAAAAGUUUUCAUCAUGACUGGCCGUGGAAAGGGAGGAAAGGGAUUGGGAAAAGGAGGAGCGAAGAGACACAGGAAGGUUCUUCGUGAUAAUAUCCAAGGUAUCACGAAACCUGCCAUUCGUCGUCUAGCAAGACGUGGUGGCGUAAAACGAAUCUCGGGUUUGAUCUAUGAAGAAACCCGAGGUGUACUGAAGGUAUUCCUUGAGAACGUAAUUCGUGACGCUGUCACAUAUACUGAACAUGCAAAAAGGAAAACUGUAACCGCAAUGGACGUGGUUUACGCCCUGAAGCGUCAAGGAAGAACGCUCUACGGAUUCGGUGGUUAAAUUUCUACGGAUUCCACCUACUCAGCUUUAUACAAAACGGCUCUUAUAAGAGCCACAAAA